AUGGCCGCUGCGCAAGAAUCUGUGGCCAACAUGUCGACAAAGCCGGAGCCCGUCAAGAAGGAAGAGCCGACAAGGAAGAAGGCGUCGAUACGGUAUCCCUUCUGGUUUGGCGGAAGUGCUAGCAGCUUGGCCGCCUGCGUCACGCACCCAUUGGAUCUAGUUAAGGUCCGUCUCCAGAUGCGCACCGGCAAUGCGCCCAAGAACAUGGUCGGCACCUUUGUCCACAUCCUGCGGCACGAUGGACCCCUCGGGCUCUACAGCGGUAUCUCGGCCUCCCUCCUCCGUCAGAUGACCUACUCGACCGUCCGCUUCGGCGUCUACGAGGAACUCAAGACCCGCCUCUCGGCCGGAGGCCGCGACCCUUCGUUUCCCGUGCUCAUAGGCCUGGCUGCCGGCUCCGGCUUCCUGGGCGGUAUCGCGGGCAACUUUGCGGAUGUGCUCAACGUGCGCAUGCAGCACGAUGCUGCGCUUCCUCACGCGGAGCGCCGUAACUACCGCCACGCCUUUGACGGCAUGGUGCGCAUGGCCCGCGAGGAGGGUCCCAAGAGCAUGUUCCGAGGAUGGUGGCCCAACAGCACCCGAGCCAUGUUCAUGACGGCCGGACAACUCGCCAGCUACGACGUCUCGAAGCGCCUGCUGCUCAAGUACACCCCCAUGGAGGACAACCUCAAGACGCACUUCACAGCCUCGUUCCUCGCCGGUCUGGUCGCCGCCACCGUCACGAGCCCCAUCGACGUCAUCAAGACCCGCGUCAUGUCUUCGUCGCACAACCACGGCGUUCUGCAUCUCAUUGGCGACAUUUACCGCUCCGAUGGCCUCAUGUGGGUGUUUAAGGGAUGGGUUCCUAGCUUUCUCAGACUCGGACCGCAAACUAUUUGUACAUUUGUCUUCCUAGAGAUGCACAGAAACGCCUACCGCAAGGUCAAGGGCCUAGAUGCGAACCUAUAG